AAAUGACUGCGCUUACGCUGCUUGCACAAGGGUCAAUCGACGCCUCGUUGCUUGGGGCCAUCUACCGAUGCUCAUCAUCGCCCUUCCAGGCAGACUUUUUGGCCAUAUACACGUGCCCGGGUGGCAGACCAUUGCUUGGUCGCGGUAUAUAACGGCGCAGCUCUUGUCUAUUGACCGUCACCAGUCUGCCCUUGUGUCCUGUGCCACCGAGCCUGACACGCUCAUACCCAGCCGACGCCGAGAAAGCAGCUUCCGCACUGCAUACCCUGCUGGACGACCUAUCGCUUUCGCGCAACCGACCCCAGAAUACCCCCUUCCCUCCAUACCGAGAUGCGCACGCAGUCAGCAUCAUCCACGACCCACCCAGCGAGGCGGGUCUUGCAGGCCAUCCAGCCGCCCGCGCCAGGCGCGUUCACCCAGCCCUUCGGAGGUGUGAUCGCUACAGAACACUUCGCCGCUCAGAGCGCACCGUACGGUGCGGUUCAGUGGACUGUCUCGCAGCCGAAUCCCAUGGCGCACGGCGGUCCCCCUACUAUGGUCACCUUGCGGGACCCGCCGACAGUAACACCUUCAGCGCGGCCGAUGUUCUACUUCGCCGGCAGCGUCUUCGAGAUGUCUACGCCGGAGUCGCUGUGGGAGCUCACAGAGCCCGGCCGACGGUACAUCAACGAGGGGAUCACUGGGCAGUCUGACAGAGAGCCGUACGAACUGAUGGGCCACUACCCAGUCCUCGCAAAGUUGGCGGGCCCGUACCUCCUCCGUCGCAUCAUCGCUCCCGCGCAAGACAAGCCUAACGAGCCACUUCACUUCGAUACGAACGGGUCGCUGUUUCAGGGCGCUAUCCAGGCCGUUUGGGAAGUCCUUCGAGAGGCCGCCCCCGCGGACCAUACCCUGCUGGCGGCGCUCCGCUUCGCGGGGAGGUUGGUCCCUAGCCCGCUCCUCGCUGAGCCGUGCCUUCACGAGAGCGUGACGGUCGUCGUCAAGCGCCUCUUCGAGUUGAGCUUGAUUCUGGCCUGGAAGGCGCUCGCGGACUGCAAGCCGAGAGUUGCUCAAAUCACCCACGGUCACUUCAACGAGUUCAAGAAGCUCGAGGUCGUCACCCUCCGCGCCCUGCGCCACGAUGUCAGCCUCCGAUCCGGUGAAUGGCGCGAGUUCUUGGAGGACUUUGCGUGCUACCUGAAGUCCGUGGCGGACCUGGACGCCAACACUGUGGGCGGCAUGGCGAACCGAAUAGACAAAUGGCUCGGGGGAUUCAUCGGCGCUGCCUGCGAGGCGCGCCAGCCGCUGAUGCGGAGCGUGCACCCCGAGGUGGACCCCGAUGCACUCAAGGAGCUCAACGCGAUGCUCGUGGAGGGCACGGGGUUGAACCUGGUAUACGAUGCGACCGCCACCUCGACGAAGUAAUGAAGCAGGACGUUCAGCACGCACCCACUGCCGCUCCCAAGAGGACCUUCGCGCGCGAGCGAACAGCCUCGCCAUCACCGGCGCUGGCACUUGCACUCCUUCGUCCUUAACGCGCUUGCGCCAUAACGCAGCCCGGUGGCCGACACAGUCAGCCACAGCGGCACGCCUAUCGUUACUUCCGGCCCUUCGAACAAUCGUAGUACACCCUCGUCUUUGUUGUUGUGCUUUCACGUUCGCCAUCGCACGGAUCUGUAGCAUAUAUCACGUUGAGCUCGACACGUCUUGUACUACCUACCCUGUUCUCUGUUCCCAAUAUAACCAUAACGGUCUUCGG